AUGGGCGUCGUGCGCACCGCCUCAGCCCCCUCGUAUACCUACAUCAUACAUGCGCUGGGCAAGUCUCCGGGCUUUACUUACUUCGCAGCUGCGCCGCCUUGCCAGCCCACUCUGGUUCGCACGCCUACCACCACCUUUUACGCCCAGCCCAGCCCAGCCCAGCCCGACGCCUCGAGACAGUUGGACAGGUACCUUUUCCCGUACCCGCCCCUCCUCGAUUGGCCUUGA